GAACGCACAAGCCGGAAGAGUGUAGUUGAAACGCUGCUUGUUGCUGCAGAAUGGAGUUUUGUAUUCGUGUGUCGUUACUGUGCUGCGGAUGCUGGUUCGUUUUGAUUCCUAUGACCAGGGGAAGUGAAAGUGCUCACCAAGAUGGUGACAUUAAAAUAGAUAACCCUUUGAGCCCAGAUGCAGUUUCGUUGGCUGUACAUGCCGAAGAUGUUCCUGCGUCAGAGACCAUUCAGUACAAGACGGCAGAGAUUGCAGACGCGAUGCAGAGCACCGACAUUCCGACUGAUCCUGCGGUACUGCUCACUAUGGUACCCCGAGAGAUGAAGGCUAGAACUGCUGCCGACGCAGCGGUCUCGGUUUGUGAUAAAGGAACAGAUGGAGAGGGGUGCACUGCCCACGAGACUCUGGCAGAUUUGUUGAAGGUUUCUACUAAUAACCAGGAUAAAACAAGCGUGGAAAACAUUGCGUCAGAUCCAGAGCCACAAAAGACUGAAGAAUCCAACACCACAGAUAGCAACAAGCCUCUUAAAGUGAACUGCGAGGAGCGCAACAUUACUGGGGUUGAGAAUUUUACCCUCCAGAUUCUAAAUGUUUCACAGGAUCUGAUGGAGUUCUUGAAUCCUAACAGCAGUGAAUGCACUCUAGUUUUGUUCUACACCCCUUGGUGUCGGUUCUCUGCAGAGCUGGCACCCCACUUUAAUUCUCUACCAAGAGCCUUUCCUAUAUUACAUUUUGUGGCACUUGAUGCCUCCCAGCACAGCAGCUUGUCCACUCGAUUCGGGACAGUAGCUGUUCCUAAUAUCUUGCUGUUUCAAGGGGCCAAGCCCAUGGCCAGGUUUAAUCAUACUGAACGGACCCUGGAGACUCUCAAGUCGUUCAUAUUCAACCAGUCAGGAAUUGAGCCGAAGCCAGAGGUGGUUGUGACAGAAGCAGAUUUCGAUGGCCCCUUGCCUCAUGCUCCGCUUGCCGGAAUAGACUGGUUGCUGGCGUUCUCAUUGUUUUAUGUAGCAAUCUUCAUAUUAUACGCAACCGUUCAGACUGAUAGCAUUCGAUGGCUUAUUCCUGGACAAGAGCACGAACAUCAAGACUGAACUUCUGAUUAUCUUUUGCUUGUCAAAAAGUCAAUGGUGUAUUAAAGCAAAGCGGACUGAUUUCCAGAUGUGCCCCAUAACAUUUGCCAGUUUGGUGAACACAGAACUCCAUUGCUUUCUACACUCUUUCUACAACAGAGUUUUCAAAAGCGGAAAGAAAAUACCGGAAAG